AUGGCGCAUUGGUUUCAUCGAAACCCAUUGAAAUCUUCAAAAACAGCGAAGUUUGAGUUGAAACAAGUAAUAACUAACUCGGAUUCUUCUAAGAUAUGCUCGUGAGUUUCUAAUCUUCCCUUUAUUGCGUAACUUGUGUAGAGAACUAAGACUUCGACGAGAGCAGUUACUCGAUAUUUUGACAUCAGCCAGUGCUUCUGUUGAUCUUGUGGAAUCCGAAUUCGAGUAUUAUUUGAAGCUGCUUUAUGGAUUUGUGUUUGAUUUGGAAAGUCAAGAGAAGAACAGCAAAUUAAGGUACCUUGGGAAGUUUACUUGGACACAUUCUAUGUUGGGAGGGGAUGGCUAGUAAGUUUAAGAAUUGGCGUUAGUUUUAGUUAUUAUUGUUUUCACGGAAAUGAUAACCGGGUGUAUGACUCAUCGUGUUUUUUAGUCAGUCCUCCGAUUCGUGGUAUGAGGUGUUAAAUAUGGUUUCGAACAUAGCAAUAUGGUAUAUGAAGAGGUCAGCCUUUCUGUCAUCUAGCGACGAAGUUAGUGAUUUUGAUUCUAAAAACAUUCAUACGGCGUUACGGAAAGCUGCCGGCUUAUUCGAAUACGUGUCCCAGAACGCUGAUAAAGUCGGGAUUAUUCCACAAGCGACCGGAAAUGAUCUGGAUGCCCGAGUUUUGACUGCCUACAAGCAACAAUGUUUGGCCGAAGCACAAGAAAUUACAAUUGCCAGGGCCAUUGAAUUAAAACAUUCAUCCAAAUUAAUUUAUUCAUUAGCUAACCAAACUUCCAAAGUUUACGAAGAGUGCUGUAAGUUGGUCUCACCGCAUUUUAUAUUUUUUACUUCGUUUUUAUCACUGAUCGCUAUUUUUUCAGGUUCUUGCCUUGACGGUCUAGAUCCUAAUACUUUCGAAAAGUGGCGGAAAUAUUUCGAGUUGAAAAAAGAAUUCUAUUUAUCUUAUGCUUAUGCCUAUUUGUGUGAACAUUUACUCUCCAACGAUGAAUGUGGAAAGGCGAUCCGAGCUUGUCAGGAGGGUCAGGAUCACUACAAAACAAGUGCUUCUCUAUGUGUCCAAUAUGCCAAAUCGUCUGGCCCCGGGUUUGUGGCCAAACCGGAAGAUCAUUUGUUCUUCCGAAGGAUAGAUCCGAUCCUGGUCAGGCAUAUGGACAAAGCCCGGAGAGAAAAUGAUUUCAUAUACCAUCAGUCGGUACCCAGUGAAUGCCCCAGUUUCGAAGCCGAAGCAGAGUUUGGUCUCGCCAGCAAGAUUGACUUCAAUUAUCCGCCACGGGCUGAGGCAGUUUCAUUAAGAAUUUAUUUCCAUUUAUUCCUCAUCUGCGUUCUAAUGGAUGCUUUUUAGAUCUGGACAAACCUGUCUUACAAGGCUUUUGACAUAACCAAGUCAGACACUCCCGACUUCAAGCCUCCGCAAAAAAUUGGCAAGAUACCUCUGGUAAAAGAAAAGAAAGUUUAUGAAACAGAUCGCGAUCCCUCCAACCUCUCAGGAUGCACCAUUUCCUAA